AUGGUCAUUAUUGGUUAUUUGUCAAAUGAUUUGUUGAGUUCAAGGGAAUUGAGCUUACAUGAUCAAGUUCAGGUCAUAAUCAAUGGGAUAGCAAAGGUGGUAAAGGCUGAUAACACUGAGAUGAUUAUCAUCCCAGAACUACAUACAAGUGAUGAAGAUAUCAAUUAUAUUGAAGAAACUCUCAAAUCCACUGCUAAAGAGUCAAAUGUUAACCUUAUAGCUCAACUUUCAACAAAUUCAACCACAAUCAGAUAUUUAUUUUCUCAAAAUGGUACAAUUACACUUAAAACCACAUCACAAGAUGGAUUAAUAACCACAACCCCAAACGGGAAAACUGUCACUACAUUCAAAUUCAAUGAAGGUUCAUUAGAAGUCGGUACUUUGUUCAAUCAACAACAUCUAAACCCUUUAGAAUUUCAAAACUCCGCUAUACAACAUGAAAAAAUUCAUAUAGUUUAUGAAGAUGAAUUAUCUAAAUCCCCAAAUUUCCAUUCCAUAUUCCAAAGUUUUGCACAACAAACUCAAUGUUUCAUCAUUUAUUAUACUUCAAAAGGAAUUGAAUUAUAUAACCCAGAUGGAUUUUCUAAACAAUUUAAUGGGACAUUUGAACUAGAUAUGAAGAAGAUUUUAGUUCAGAAGAGUUUUAUUGAUAUCGUGGGACAUUAUUCAAGGUCUGAUAUGAUGUCUUUGGCUAUCAGGGCUGAGAAUUAA